ACUACACCUCCAAAAUCAGACCAAUUUAAAUCUCUUUUUGACCAGAAGUCAGUUAGAGGAUGGUGGCCAUGCUACAUGGAUAAAGAUGGGAAGAGGGAACUCGGGGGAAAGGUUGAGUUGACUUUGGAGAUUGUGAAUGAGAAGGAAGCGGAUGAGAGACCUGCCGGAAAAGGCAGAGAUGAGCCCAAUAUGAAUCCGAAACUGGAUCCUCCCAAGCGACCUGAAACCUCGUUUUUUUGGUUUACAAAUCCAUGCAAGACGUGCAAGUUCAUAGUGUGGCGAAGAUUUAAGUGGCUGUUCAUCGGCUUGGUUGUGCUGAUCUUAGUGUUAUUAUUCAUUGGGAUCUUGUUGUAUUCAUUACCCAACUACAUUUCCAUGAAAAUCGUCAAACCCUUCAAUUAAUUUCAGGAGGAGUUCAACUUAGUCAUUUUAUCCAUGUAGUUGGUGUGACUUGGUUUUCACUCAGUGAAGUAAUUAACAGAAAUGGUUAGUUUUCUUAAUGACGUACAGACCAUCAGUACAGUGUUCUUGUUGUUUUGGUAUUUACCUUUAAUCACUCUUUGCACCAAUAUUACAUUUUAAUGAUGAAUUUUCACUUUUUGGUUCAGGUUUCACUGAUAUUUAGAAACAUUUGUACACAAACCAUUAAGUGUUUUCUAUUAUGAAAAAAUAUUUUAUUGUAUUAUAACCUCAGAUAAUUUUAAAGCUGAUUGGUUAAAAAAUAUAUACUGGUAAAUAAAGAUGUUAAUAUGUUUCUAUAAAUUGUGUCCAUUUGUUAGUAGGAACAUCAGUUAGACUUGUUCAGUGAAACUGUCGUGUUCAGUUUAUAUUUAUCCAUGAUAAAGUUGCCACAAACAUUGUUUAUUAAUGGUUCAUUUUAGCAGUAAGUGAUGUUUUGUAUAACCAUAAAACAUAAAGUGCACUUAUAACACUGUAUCAAAGUCAGAAAUUAACCCCUUGAGUGGUUUGUAACUUUUUAUAUUAAUAACAUAUGAAAUAGUUAAGCAAUAUCACACAAGCAAGAGUGCUAUUUUCCCGAACAUCUCCGUGAUUGGAAAUGUAAUAUUAAUUAUAUCAAACAGUGCAAUAAACAAGAAGUUAAUAUUGGGAUAAAACUAUAGUCUUGACUUGAUCUCAUGUACAUGAUAUUUUUGCGACCUUCAAUGGCUAAUAAAUGCAAUAAAAA